UCAUGUCCUCAGUUACGUUUCAAUCGCCGAAAAGUGUAUGUGAUAUCAAAUAUAAUCUUGAAAUCUAACCUUAUUUAACAAUAAUAAAUGUUUGUAUUUUAUAAAAAAAAGUAAUAAUUACAUUAUUAGUGAUCUUGGAAGAUUUUCUUUACAAUUAUCACAAUGGUAAAGAAAAGAAGAGAAUUUGAACAGAGUAAAGAAGAACGUAUGGUUAUAACUAUUGGAGAAAUUAUACAAGAAUUAUUGAAAGCGCAUGAUGAAAACAGAGAUGUUGAUCUAAAUAAAUUAAAAACUCGAAUUGCUUCUAAAUAUGGCUUGGAUAGCUCACCGAGAUUAGUUGAUAUUAUAGCAGCUGUACCUGUUGAUGCACGAAAUAUAUUAGUACCAAAAUUAAAAGCAAAACCUAUUAGGACUGCCAGUGGAAUAGCUGUUGUGGCUGUAAUGUGUAAACCUCACAGGUGUCCUCAUAUCAACAUGACAGGGAAUAUUUGUGUGUAUUGUCCUGGUGGACCUGACUCUGAUUUUGAGUAUUCCACACAGUCUUAUACUGGUUAUGAACCUACAUCAAUGAGAGCUAUUCGAGCCAGGUAUAAUCCAUUUCUACAAACCAGGCAUCGCGUGGAGCAGCUGAAGCAAUUGGGACACAGUGUAGAUAAAAUUGAAUUUAUUGUUAUGGGUGGUACUUUCAUGUCUCUGCCAGAAGAUUACAGAGAUUUCUUUAUUCGAAACUUACAUGAUGCUUUAUCUGGUCAUGUAAGCAGUAAUGUUAGCGAGGCGGUUAAAUUUUCUGAACGAAGUCGUACAAAGUGUAUUGGUAUUACUAUAGAAACGCGUCCUGAUUAUUGCCUUAAAAAACAUCUUUCCGACAUGUUACUUUAUGGGUGUACUCGGUUAGAGAUUGGAGUUCAAUCUGUAUAUGAGGACGUAGCACGAGAUACUAACAGAGGGCACACAGUUCGUGCAGUGUGCGAGAGUUUUCAACUAUCGAAGGAUGCUGGUUUCAAAGUAAUAGCACAUAUGAUGCCAGAUUUACCAAAUGUCGAUAUUGAAAGGGAUGUUAACCAAUUCAUUGAAUUCUUUGAAAACCCUGCUUUCAGAGCAGAUGGUCUGAAAAUUUAUCCAACAUUAGUUAUACGUGGUACAGGCUUAUAUGAGUUGUGGAAGACAGGAAGAUACAAAAGCUAUCCACCGAGCGUUUUAAUAGAUCUUAUAGCUCGAAUUUUGGCUCUGAUACCACCUUGGACUCGUGUAUAUCGUGUACAGAGAGAUAUACCUAUGCCUUUGGUCAGUUCGGGCGUGGAACACGGAAAUUUACGCGAAUUGGCACUGGCAAGAAUGAAAGAUUUGGGAACUGAUUGCCGCGAUGUUAGAACUCGAGAAGUUGGUAUUCAAGAAAUCCACCACAAAGUACAGCCUUAUGAAGUAGAGCUUAUACGUCGUGAUUAUGUUGCCAAUGGCGGGUGGGAAACAUUCUUGUCUUAUGAAGACCCCACACAGGAUAUUUUGGUUGGUUUAUUAAGGCUAAGAAAAUGCUCGGGCGAUACGUUUAGGCCAGAACUUAAAGACAGGUGUUCAAUAGUAAGAGAACUUCAUGUGUAUGGUAGCGUCGUUCCAGUAAAUGCUCGUGAUCCUACAAAAUUUCAACAUCAAGGAUUUGGAAUGUUAUUAAUGGAAGAAGCUGAGCGGAUAGCGAGGGAGGAACAUGGAUCUCAUAAACUUGCUGUCAUAUCAGGUGUCGGGACAAGAAAUUAUUAUCGAAAAAUGGGAUACGAACUCGAUGGGCCAUAUAUGUCAAAGAUGCUUAUAGCUUGCAAAUAAAUACUAUUUUCUUCAUAAUAAAAAAGAAGAAAAAACAACAAACAUAAUAUUUUCUCUUUUAUUAUAAAUCUUUAUUAGAAAACUUUGGAACAACCGAUUAUCGAUCAAACAUUAAAUUUAUGAUCUUAACAGUA